UUUUAAUAAUAUAAACUAAAUAGUUUAAAUUUUAAAACUAGCUAGCUUUUGCCUAUUAGCUUCUUAAUCUUCAUUAUUAUGUAAACGUUGAUAUUAUGUAUUUAUUUAGAAUCAUGGGAAUAUCUUUUGUUAUUAUUUUCUAAGUUGUUGUAUACUAAGUCCAACCCGUUGUUUAUCUGGUAAUAAGAUGAAUUAAUUGCUAUUUUAGUAGGUAAUUUAAAAAAUAUUACUGUUUGUAAAAUAAAAAAAAUCUUUUUUUAAUUCGGACGGAUAGUAAUGAGUUCUAUUAAAAUAUUUAUGCCAAUAUUUCCGGAAACUAUUAACAAAAUCUAUUUUAAUGGCUAUGUAAACAAUACUAAAGAAGCAUACAUUGUUAUUUAUAUUACAAAUUAUUCGGCUACUACUACUAAAAUUUUCAAGCAUAUUAAGCCCAAUGAAAAUCGUAUUAUUGGGUGCUGUAUGAACACUGUACAUCAAUCACAACAAACAAUAUUAACAGCAUGGCCAAACCAAUUAAUAAUAGAUACAUCCGAAACAUAUAAACUAAGCCAAUUAAUUCUGAAUAAUAAGAAAAUAUUAAACUCAAAUAUAAUAGUAAUGCAGUAUGAUAUCCACAAAGUUAUGAAUACAGAAACAUUAGAUGUUAACUGCAAUGAAUUUGAGCAGUUAAAAAAGUAUCUUGUAUAUGAUAGCAAUAUGCCUCAAACAAUAGAGUAUAAACCUCUUUGUACAGUUCCAUCUUGGAUAUCUUCAUCUAUGUAUAUUCAGCAUUGUUGUAAUCAGAUAAAUCUAUUAAAUUGGUUGCAAAACACUGUAAAGAGAAAGGGAAAAGUGUCACUGAAACAAGGCAAUUACAUUGUUGCUCUAAUUAUUGAUAUUCUAUUAGGAUAUAUUGUAUUGGAAUUAUUUUUGUUUGAUCGAACAAAAAAUGGUGUUCUGUUAGUAGGAAUACUUGAGAAACUGGUAAACUAUAUGUAUUCAUUGCUGAAAUGGCUAAUGGGAGCACCUGCUGGUCUAAAACUUAAUAAUGCCUUUAACAAGAUGCUUGGUAGAUAUUUUUCAUAUCAUGUGGAGCUCUGGUGGCUAUUUCUAGAUGUUUCUGGAGAAAAAGUGGACUUUGUGCUACAAAUAAUUCAAUAUUUGGGCUACUUCGGUAUAACAUUUCAAGCUGCAAUUAUAUCGGACAUAAUUUGCAUCACAACAUUUCACUCAUAUUGCAUUUAUGUUUAUGCUGCAAGGUUAUUUAACCUCCAAAUAUCAGGACUAAGUGCGCUGCUGAGGCUGUUCGUGGGCAAGAAACAGAAUCCGUUGAGAGGCUGUAUAGACUCGUGUCAAUACACGAACCAGGAACUAUUUGUGGGAACUGUUGCCUUCACUAUUCUGCUGCUCCUACUCCCUACAACUAUUAUGUAUUACAUUGUUUUUACAUUGUUCCGAGUCCUCUCCUUGCUUGGGCAAUACACUCUAUCAAGACUCAUCAAUACAGUGCAGACUUUGCCUCUGUAUGUAGUCGCACUGUGGGUAACACACUCGUCCAAGUUAGCAGGUAACAUAUUUAUAGAAACCAACAAGGGCAAUUCAGAACAUUUGCUCCUGCAAGUUAAAAUAUUGAAUAAGCCGCUGAGGGAAGUCAUCCGUAUUUCCAAACCACCCGUUGAUCUACCAAAGAAUGUUGAAUGGAGGAGUGUUGUGUCCAGUGUAUUGACGGGAAACCAAAUUAUAUGAGAAAUAUACACACGCGUCGUAUAUUACUAAUAGAAAUUAUUUAAAUUAUGUCAACAAACACCUGUAUUUUUUUAAAUUAAUUAAUAAUUAUUUACUAAAUGACAAUGUACAUAUAACUUUAUUAACGGUAAAUAUAUACUACUAUUAUUAUCAUACUAUAUAUUGGCAAUCCA